AAAGGAGAAAAGAUGGACAUCUAAUCUUAUAUUUAUACUCUUAUUUCUCUUUCCUUUUUCUCUCUCAUCUUUUAAAAAUCCUGUCCUCACCUCCAUUAAAGUAAUCUUUUCACAGUAUGGCACCAGUUGGUAUUUCUGUUCCUAUAGAAAAAGAUGGCAAUUUAGAAAAGAAACCUGUUAGUUUUAUCAACCUUGCCGUAGGUGCAGGGUUAAACAUGUUUGAGGUAACUACACUUGGUCAACCUUUUGAAGUUAUAAAAACUCAUUUGGCAGCAAAUCGAGGUGAUAAUAUCAUAACAGCUACAAAAAAGACUUAUCAAAGAGGUGGUCUUUUAGGAUUUUAUCAAGGAUUAAUACCGUGGGCUUGGAUUGAAGCUAGCACAAAAGGAGCAGUACUUAUCUUCACUGCCAGUGAAGUCGAAUAUAGAGCACGUGUUGCCGGUGCGUCUCCUUUUGUGGCCGGAAUUGUUGGUGGUAUGGGAGGGGGGUUAGCGCAAGCCUAUACCACUAUGGGAUUUUGUACUUUUAUGAAAACUGUAGAGGUUACUCGUCAUAAAGCUCCUGCAGGACAACAAGUUUCAACUAUCAAAGUUGCAGCUGAUAUCUGGAAAAGAGAAGGUAUUCGUGGAAUAAAUAAAGGUGUAAAUGCCGUAGCACUUCGACAAUGUACCAAUUGGGCAAGUAGAUUUGGGUUAACAAGAGCAGGUGAAACCAUAAUUAGGAAGGUUCGAGAUGGUGAGAUACCUGAUUAUAGUAAACCAUUGUCUCCAAUCCAAAAAAUUUGUGCUAGUGCCAUCGGAGGGGGUUUGUCUUGUUGGAAUCAACCUAUUGAAGUUAUUAGAGUAGAAAUGCAAUCUCAGGUUAAAGCACCAGGAAGACCCGAGAAAAUGACAAUUGUUACUUGUGCUAAAUAUAUUUAUAAAAAUAACGGGUUUAAAGGAUUCUUUCGCGGUGUGACACCUAGAAUUGGUUUAGGUGUUUGGCAGACUAUUUGUAUGGUAUUUGGUGGAGAUGCUGUCAAGGCUAAAAUUGCUCAAAGGCAAGCUGCAAAGAUUUAAUUAAGAUCAAAGAGGAAAAUAGAUAAAGGUUCAUGAAAAUGUCACUAAUAAUAUAUAUAAUAUAUAUAUGUAUAGAUAUAGAUAUCACAAACUUAUUAUUUAAAUUAUUUUUUUUUUUUAUUAAAUUAUUAAAUUAUUUUAAUUUAAAUAUAUAUAUAUCCAUAUAUAUAUAUU